GGAGCUAAGGAUUAGUUAGUUUUAGUUAGUGUGAGUUCUGUCAAGGAGAUGCCCAAGGCGCCUCGCCCCGUUCCCAUGGGCGUGAUCUCCGCGGAACCCGUUCAAUCCGCCUCGCGCAAGCUGAAGUUCGCUACGAAGGUGACGGUUCUAGGUAAGAGCUCCCCGCAAGGGCAUAAAGAAAAGAAGAAAGCAGCCGUUGGCGCCAAAACCGGUGGGGGGCAGUCCGGGAUGGUCUUCAACAAAGGCUUCGGGCAGCAUAUCUUGAAAAACCCUCUCGUGAUCGCCGCGAUCGCGGAGAAGGCGGCGAUUAAACCAACCGACAUCGUCGUUGAAAUCGGCCCGGGAACGGGAAACCUCACUGAAAAACUUUUGCAGUGCGCGAAGAAGGUGAUCGCGUUCGAGAUCGAUCCGCGCAUGGUAGCGGAACUCCACAAACGCUUUCAUGGUACCCCGCUUGCAGCCAAGCUGCAGAUCAUCCGCGGCAAUUGCCUAGAGCAGGACUUCCCUUACUUCGACAAGUGCGUGGCGAACGUCCCCUACGCCAUUUCCUCCGCGUUGAUAUUCAAGCUGCUGAAAAAUCCAACUUUCAAGUGUGCGGUGUUGAUGUUUCAGCGGGAGUUUGCACUGCGUGUGUGUGCUCAACCCGGCUCCGAGGCCUACUGCCGUCUUUCCGUGAACACCCAGCUACUCGCGCGCUGCUCGCAUUUAAUGAAAAUUAGCAAAAAUAGCUUUAACCCACCCCCGAAGGUGGAAUCCAGUGUGAUCCGGAUAGAUCCCAAGCACCCGAAACCGGAUGUUGAUUUCGAGGAGUGGGAUGGCAUGGUGAAGAUGAUAUUUAACAGGAAAAACAAAAAGGUGUCUUCCAUUUUUCGCACCAAGGCAUCCGUUCAAGCUCUUUAUGAUAAGUAUCUUAGCUAUAAAAAAAUGCAAGGCCAAUCGGUCGAGGAUGUAAUCCUUGAGUCGUUUAAAGCGCUUUUGGAAAGCGUCCUCGCCGAUCCACUCUUUGACCAGCGCGGCCGUCUGCUAGACGAAGAAGCGCUCAUGACGCUUCUAGGGCACUUUAAUCGGAAUGGAAUUCACUUUAUUUAA